AUAAAAAUGUUACAAUGUCUGCAAGUUUAUGAGAUUUUACGAGCAUGCAAUGAUCCUGCCAAAAGAGGGCGCUUCAAACAUUACCGUUUCGUACUCGACUGAACAAAACGCAGAAGCUGUGCAAUUUUGCUUAUGUCUGACUCAUAAUACAACUUGAAACAUGAUGGCAGCGGUGAAAAGUAAAAUAUCUCCGUAGAAAAAAAUAUUCUUCUUCUCAUCAAAGUAUAUUAUGCAUCUGCAAGCUGUGAUUUGACCUUUAUUUCGCCAGCUUUCUGAGCUGACAGUAAUUCCUGGAUUUGUCCCACAUAUAGUCAUCUAGGAAUACUGCAUCACAUCCUAUACAUAUGGCAGAAAAAAACACAAGCUCCUCCAAAAUCACAAUGGUGCCAGGGAUCUAAUGAAUAUCCAUGAUCAAGACUAUUUGGAUAAUUAUCUGAAAGUGGUCUUUGUAAAGAACUUCAAUCAAGCUUAGCUAUGGCAGAAGACACAGACUUGCUUCUUCCAAAUCAAUACAAUGACAGUGGUUUAAAUGUCAAAAACAUCCAAGAACAUCGCCUCGAUGAGGGAACUUCCACCAAAGAUCUAGACCCCCAAAGCCUGGAAGAAGGUGGUGGAAAUGAAGUAGAUUCCAAGAAAACAAAGACACAGUUGACUUUAGCUCAGAAAUUAACGGUUUUAGGUAUUGCCAUUGCCUACAUGUCAGUGUUUACUUCAUUCUCUGUACUUGCUCCAUUCUAUCCUUAUGAGGCACAGAAGAAAGGUGUUACCCCAACGGCAACAGGACUUGUCUUUGGCAUUUAUUCUCUUGUCAGUUUUAUUGCAUGCCCGAUAUUGGGAAAAUAUCUUCCUGUCAUAGGAGGAAAAUUCAUGUUUCUUAGUGGGUCUUUUGUUUCAGCUGGAUGCAAUAUAUUAUUUGGGGUAUUGAAUAGGAUUGAAGAUGAAACAUUGUUUCUGAUCUACUGUUUUUUAAUUCGAAUUUUUGAGGCUGUUGGAUCAGCAGCUGUCCUGACUGCAGGCAUGGCGAUAUGUGCCAAUGUCUUUCCAGAUAAUGUAGCUCAAAUGAGUGGUUUUCUGGAGUUAUUUCUUGGUCUUGGUCUUGCAGUUGGUCCACCUCUUGGGAGCUUGUUAUAUACAAUAGGAGGCUAUGAGCUGCCAUUCUUAGUCCUAGGUUGUACAUCUGUAGCAUUGACCAUUAUAGAUAUAUUCAUAAUACCUAAUACAUCAUCAAGGACAGAUACUAACAAUCAGGAUGGGUCCCUUGAGAUUCUGAAAAUACCGGCGAUUUGGAUGACAAUGAUUAUUGUUGCUUGGUCAAGUGCAUGCUAUGCAUUCUUCGAUCCAACAUUAGCUCUCCAUGUAACAUCUGAUCCACUGGAUGUAAAACCUUCUUUGGUUGGUGUAAUGUUUUUAUUGAUCGGAGGAACCUAUGCAUUGUCUGCUCCUAUAUGGGGAUACUUAGCAGAUAAAACAAAAAGGACCCGUCUCAUGAUGGUUUUAGGAUGCCUUGUCCUUGGGAUUUCUUAUCUAUUUGUUGGACCAAGCUCCCUUCUUCAUAUCCCUAGUCAGCUUUGGAUUGUCAUUGUAGCACUUGGGUUUUAUGGGAGCAUCUCUGGAGCUUGUGUCAUGCCAGCAAUUCUUGAUCUCUUAACAAGUGCUGAAUGGUAUGGGCAUCCAGACAAUCUCUCAACUCAAUCAUUCAUAUCUGGACUCUUCAAUUCAGCAUUUUCCUUGGGGAGUUUUGUUGGACCAACAGCAGGUGGUGCCCUUGUUGAUAAGAUUGGAUUUGUUUGGACGUCAACAUAUAUUGCUGCUGGAAAUUUCGUUGUCAUGAUCAUGAUUUCUGUCUUUUGUACGUGGGAGUUUCAAUGUGGAAAAGGACGAAGAAAACCAAUACCAGCUCAAUAAUGCUACCUCUCCUAGAUCUGAUGAAGACAAUCUGCUUCUCAUUUGUUAAAUCAAGCCCUGAAACUCAAUCUAACAACAAGUUGAUUUGGUAAAUGACGAGUUGACCGAGAAAAUUUAAUCAAUAUGGGUGAAAAAUGAAGACUUAGUGACAUUUUGAAUUUUCUUAAAUAUUUUAUAUGCAAACAUGGAUGGUACAAUAUGCAAAUGAGAGGCAGUGUUGCCACACUCCUGUUCUUCAUUUGUUACUUUAUUGUACAGAAGUGUGUCCCACAAAAAAACGAUACCAAGAUUUAUCAAUGAUUUAUCAUAACUUUAUCACAAAUACAAUAGA